AGCCCGUCUUCAAUCGGAAAUGGCAGAAAUCCAUGAGCAACGAAUGGCGCAGUGGGACAGAAUAGAGGAAAUGUUGUCAAAGCUGUGUCGGUGGGUGGAGGCCGAUCGCGAUCGUCGGAAUUCGACAAUCUGGUUGAAUCCGGCGCCAGCAACGGUAGCCGACAAGAAGCAGACAAAUCGCGAUCCAGAGCCGCAGAUCGAUUGCGAUCAAGCACCGAAGAACCUUCUGGAGGUUCGAGAGGUGAAUCUGCAGCCGAAAGAGGAAGGCGAUGCGCAGCAACAUGAGCGAUUCAUCGGAAAAGGCAGUUCACACCUCAAGGUGAUGCCGAUCGCGUUCGUCGACCGCGUACAGGCUAAUCACGACCAGAACAUGUCGAUCGAGGACUUGCCGACCGAUCGAAACAAAGUCCCAAAGGAUCCAACAGCUGCUGGUUUUCCAGAUUCAUGUAAUGGGAGAAUACAUAACAAAGCUCUUUCAGACCGAUUCAUCGGGAAGACUGAUUCGCACAUGAAGAAGACAAUUCCAGUGUUCGAUGACAGCUUCAUUCUGGAAUGGGAUGUCAAAACUGAAAGGUACUUUGGAUUUGGUGGUUGUAGUGACAAGGAGAUGUUUUACCUAGAUUCUACAGAUUUGGGUGGGGAAGCUCUGAUGUUGUUCAAUGGCCAGAAAAAAAUUGGGAAGUGCCGUGAUUGGGAAAUUUUUAGACUCUUAUUAUAUGAUCGCUGUGGCACUCGUAUAGAGCUGAGGAGGAAGACAUGUGAUGAUGCAAUCCUUAGUGGGGUUGUGUUUCGGUCAGAGAAAGGGAUAUUUCUGCAGUUUGGAUUGAACAAGCAGUCAGAUUGGGCAAGCAAGACAUAUCAGAAAUUGCGGAAGCAGGCCAUUGGAAAAGAGUUUCAGCCAGCUCCGAAUCAAAAACAACUUUUGGCAGACUUGGAAUGGUUAGUGGAGCUUAAGCAGAUUUUGGACAGCCAUUAUACUACGCUCGGAAAGUUAGGCCACGAAGAUUUGAACGAACGAAUUCCAGAUCAUCAGCUUGAGGACAAGCUGAAACUCAGGCGGGCGGUAUUGAUAGAUGUAUGGGUUAUGUAGAUUCAUUGAAUCUGGACUAUAGUUAGUAUGGGUUGUUUGGGUUGUUACUAUUAGUUAGUUAGUAGUUUUGGCUAUGAGUAGUUAUAAAUACAGAUUAGAUUGGGGGAAAAGAAUUUACGCAGAAACUUGAAAAAGGGUUAGGGUUUGUGUGGGGAAUGAGAGUUGGGAUCCUCUCAUAAAUCAAGAUCAUCCAAAGUUGUAUUCAGGUUUUCGGUGAGGAAUAAAGGCUCGAUUGGUGCUGGAAAGUGGAGUUUCAUAGCUGAACCUUAACAGAAUCAUCUGUCCGUCUCUGUAUAUGCUUGAUCAACCCCCGUUAGCUUUCUCAUACCUUCUGGUUAGGU